AUGUCUGGCGACGAUCGAUCGUCGUCCGCCGCGACCGCAUCGACGCCCUUCGCACAUCUAACUUUCACACCAGGCGCGCGCGUGCGAUCAAAGAGCGUGAACGCGAGUGAGGGGACGCGCGGUGACUUUCAGGAGGAUUGUCUGAGCUGUCGAGUAAUCGGCACCUCCGCGUGCGUUCUCGGGGCGUCCAUGGUGUUCAGGGAGGUCUUUCGAGAACCUCGACGGCCGUUGAUGCAUCGAGGGGCGAUGGGGGCGUUCGCGGGGGCAUUUCUCGCGCUCGGGGCGUAUCGCGCGGUGAUUUAG